UCCAAAUGCAGGGCCAGAUUUCACUGGGACCAUCUCGGGGCAUGAUCCGAGCAGACUGUUCUGUAACAGUGCCAGGAACGACAUGUUGUCCCUGAUUGAUUUCCCGUCAUGAAAUGGGAGUUCCUUUAACCUUCCGAUACAAUGGAUUGAUGUAUUGAACAAACUACCAAGCGUUUAAAUAUGCUGUAUUAAUACGCAUUUUGCCUCAUUUGAAGUCUGUGAUGAUAAGAGCGUGUAUUGACAUCAUAUGGUUUGUUGAAAACUAAUUCUGGCUUUAUGUGUGAUAUUCUAAUUAAAAAUGGGGUCGAAUUUUCUGACACUCGUCUCAAUUUGUGUAAUUUUGAAGAUGAAUGGAGACUAUGCCGAAGCCAUGACCAGACAAUUGGUUGCACGCGCAAUUCCUCUUAAAGACAUAAAGCUGAAUUCGGCCCCACUAAAGACACUUAUUACGCGAUCGAGGAUUGCAUGUCUAAAGGAAUGUAUCAGGACAGCAGGGUGUCAGGCGCUAAACUUUGGAAAGACGGACAAGUGUGAGCUGCUUGGAACCUACCUCUGCGCGAGGACGGCCAGCCUCAUCCCUUCAACAGACUUCGCCUACUACGACGUCGAAUUUGAGGACACGCUGUCAAGUAUCGGUAUCCAUGACUCGAAAACGUCUUGCAAGACUGGGGGAAAGUGCUCUCCGAAAUGUGAAUGUGAAUGGACAGCCGACUUCGACGUGUACCCUGGAAAAUACGUGGUCGGCUUCACCAUGGAGACCGUCAACAGUGUGACGCAGACGGAGUGUCAACAACGUUGUGUCGACGCUACGACCUUCCAGUGCAAGUCUGCAGAUUACAGCUUCAGCUCCACGUGCUAUUUGUCUCACGUCAACCGCAUCGACGUCCCGGAGGCCUUCUCCGCACAAAACGGCUACACCUACCUUCACAGAAAGUGUCAGUAGAUGCCGGAUGUUGCCGCCAUUUGCAGACUGAUCUUGUCUGCCAAACAUUCACAUUUAACUCCUUGGUCUAAAAUACUACACUACUAUACGUAUUGACAAUUACGGUCAACACAAUGUAUGUAUUCCCCGAACGGGUGUUUUCGCUUUGGCCCGAAAUAUUUUUAAAUAAAGAUUCUUCUUUCUGUUA